AUGGACAUCCGCCUAAGUCCUCCUCGGGAGGGUGUCCGAGGCGGACGUGAGCAAUUCAAGUGGGACGAGGUGAAGAAAUAUCUUACCAAGGAACGCGAACACUAUUUGGAUUGUGAGAGCUUCCUAGGCCAUAGUGUUAAGAUUGGCAUGAUUGAACACAAGAACAAGUUCUACAAACACGACUGGUAUAUGAAGGAUGAAGGAUUGGGUAAUACUUCAGAUGCAGCCGAUGAAAUGAAGUUAAUAAAACUUUAUGAAGAUGAGUUGAUGCAGGAAAUGCUGGGUGCAAUACCUAAGCGUUUGAUGCUACUCAAAAGCAGACCAACAGACGUUGCAACAUUGCGAACAUUGCUAAAUGUUGACAAUGAGCCCAAGCAUGCUUUAGAGGAUAGCAGUACCGAGGCCAUUAACGCCAAGACGAUUCAGCGCAACAUUCAGAUCGCAAUCAUUCCAGCAGAGUAUCGCGCACAUCUCAUCGCAGGUCACGUGACCGUAGCAGGCAUCGUGACCGAUCCCGUGAGCGUCGUUCACGAAGAAGCCCACAUCGCUCGUCAUCUAGGCAUAGAUCCCGUAGGAGGGAAAGAGAUUUUAGGAGAAGCCGAUCCAGAUAGUUGGUUUUUGUACAAUUGGUGUCUGAUUGGGUACUGCUUAGUGAUUAAGUUUGGCCAAGGAGCAUGUAAUAACUUAUAG